AUGAAGUUUUUUGUGGUACUAUUGGUCCUUGUGGCCUUCACUAGGGGACAGUUUAAUCCGUACUUUUGGCCUAACCACAAUACUAUUGUCUACCUCUUGGAUUGGAAAUACUCAGACGUUGCUCUGGAGUGCGAGAACUUCCUUGGACCGAAAGGCUUUGGUGGAGUUCAGGUAUCGUCUCCUGCUGAAAAUGCCAUUAUUACGGAUCCCUACAAUCGUCCAUGGUGGGAACGCUUCCAUGUUUUGUCCUACAUAAUCGGCUCGAGAUCUGGCAAUCAAGAUGAUUUUGCAGACAUGACUGCUAGAUGCAAUAACCUUGGAGCAGCUGGUUUCCGUAUUUUUGCAGCUAAGCACAUGUGGCCAACGGAUUUGGAAGCUAUCUACAGUAGUCUUUCGAAUCUGAAUGAGGACUACGGAUUUUCUCCCAACUGCCGACCAUACAUCUACCAAGAUGUCAUUGAUUUGGGCGGUGAAGCCGUUAACAAGUACGAAUAUAUCCCCCUAGGACUUGUGUCUGAAUACAAUGCGUCACAGAGUCUUGCAGAUAUCUUCCGUGGCAAUCGACCGUUGAGUGUUUUAGCCACUUGGGGAGAGGCUGAAUGGAAUUUUGUUCCAUCCGCAAAUGCAAUUGUUUUCGUGGAAAACGAACAAAAUGAGCUUGACACAUGGUACUUUGGAAGAGUCCUCAACUACAAAGAUGGUAAACCCUACAUAAUGGCUAUUGCUUUCCUCUUGGCUCACCCAUUUGGCAAUCCACUCCUUAAUUCGGACUACGAAUGGACUGAUCCCAACGAAGGUCCCCCAAUGGAUGAUGAUCAGAACAUUCUUUCGCCGGUUAUUAACAAGAAGGGAACCUGUGACAGUCCUUAUGUAUGCCAACAUAGAUGGCCUCAGGUUUGCAGUAUGGUUACAUUUAGGAAUCAAGUUGGUGAUGCCAGUUUCUGUAACUUCUGGUCCAACGGCAACAAUCAGAUCGCCUUUGCGCGUGAAGGACAAGGCUUCAUUGUCGUCAACAAUAACGACAAGAAGCUGUGGCAGACUCUGCAGACAACCCUACCUGAAGGAACCUACUGUGACGUUAUCACAGGUUAUGUUAAAAAUGAUGAAUGCACUGGAAGGAGCAUUGAGGUUGCAGAUGAUGGGACAGCUGAAUUCAUCAUCUACACUGAUGAUCCAAAUGGGGUCAUUGCUAUUCAUACUGGACAAAUGUUGUAA